AUGAUAGAACGGCAUUUUAAUGAAGAUAAAAAGUUGAAUAGCUAUUGGACUAUUAUACGAGUUAAUAUGUCUAUUGGAGAUAAUGAUUACACAAAUUCCAUAGUGGAUUAUAGCAAUUUGGUUGGAUGUUUACCUCUUAUCUUAAAUAAUAAAGUUAUUUUAAAAGACGAAAAUCAAACACAACAAACUGGUGUUUCUACAAUAGUUGCAAAAAAAAAACAGGCAAUGAAAAACGCAGGAUCUUCAGGGAUACCUUUGUACAAUGAAGUUGAAGUACAUUUGCCAAAAUUAAAUAUAAAUUCAUUAGUAAAUAAAACUCGAGGUGAGUAAUUUAUUAUUUAAAAUGCAAACCAGGGUUUUUAUAUUUAUAAAAUUAAAAUAUGAUAUUAUUGUCUUAUUAGCUUGCAAUGAGAAAUUCACUACCAUUACAGAUGAGCCUACGUUUGAACAUAAAGAAUACACUUUAAAAUAUAAUUUAAAAAAAUGCAUUGUAGCUGAUUUAAGUUGUGAACUCGUUCAUUCAGUAUUAGUGUAUAAAUGUUCAGUAUUGAAAUGUCAAUAUAAUCAGUUUUCUACAGUAGUUAUAAAUGAGUUGUUUAAACACAUUAAUUUGAAUCAUCAGAAUAUUGUUUGGGAUAGAAAGUGUGACAUGUGUAAACAAAAAGUGGACAAUUUAAAUGAACAGUAUUUAUUAAAAGAUGCUUUAGAACAUAUCAUUUCACAUCAUUUGGUUUUAAAAAAAAUCCACCAACCUAAAAUAAUAUGUAUGUUAAGUUAAAUAGGUAUUAUUGAUAAUAUUAUUUCAUAAAGUAUAAAAUAUUUAAAUUUUUAGCGAAUGUUCAAGAUGUGGAAAAAGGACAGAAAUCUCCAACUAUAGCCACAGUAAAAAGUAAAGAAAUGGGAUCAAUAAGAGUUAUUCGUUCACUAAGAGAACGUGAUGACUUGUUGUCAACAGCUAGUGAGUUCAAAUUGUGUUAUUAUAUUUAUUACAUAUUAAUAUAUUAUGAAUAUGUUUUUCUAAAUAAAAUAAAAUACUAGAACCUUUGUUCAAUUUUGAUCAUAAACGAACACAAAUAAACAAUGGAGAGACUAACCAAACCACAAUCAUUAAUUAAUUGUAUGUGAAUGAAUGGUGAGGUAAAACAUAAAUUGGUGAUAGAAGAACUAGAAAAAAAAAAUCAUCAUUAAAAAUAUUAAAUCUGAUGUUUUUAUACAAUAAUGUCUAUUGUAUAUAAAAUGAGUGUAUGUUCUGUGUUAGAAUCACAAAAAAUAAACCAAAAAUAAAUUUUGUAUACAUUUAAAAGGAAAUAAAAGAAUUUUAAUAUUUGAGACAUGACUAAAAUGAUUUUCUAUUUUAUAAUAAUUUAUAUCUGGUUCUAUUUCAUCCCUUGUCGGUUCAUUUAUAUGUGGCCUCACUGUUAAAGUAUGAAGUUUUACAGGUUUUUCAAGAAUGUCCAAGUUUUUCAAGUAAUGUUUGAAUUACUUCAAUUAAUUUGUUAACUAUUUCACUUUUGUCCAUUAUCAGUGUGCCAUUCCAAGCUGUUCUUGGCUUAUAUCUAUCUGUAUAUCAUUCUUGUUCUUGUACAAGAUUUUAAGAUUUGUGUCUAUGUCUUGAAUAUGGUUAUUUUCCCAUUGUCUUUUUCCGAUAUUAUUAUUGUUUUAGUUUUUCAUUAUCUUAUUGCAGAGACACUUUUAACAACACCUUACUUCUUUAUUAUUCUUCCUUAUUCUCUUGAAAUAUCAAUGUUCCUUUUGCUGUAUGUCUAUUAAUUAUUUCACUUUUUCCAUAAUUAGUUGUAUAUUUUUGCUUUGAAUAAUGUUUAUCGGCUUUAGAAAAAUAUACAUUCAUAUUUUAAAAUAACUCCUAAUGAUAUAUUUGGUAAAAGUAUAUGUUUCUAUUUGAAUUCUGAAAGUUUAUAAUUCUUAAAAAUGUCUAAAUUCUCUAAACAUUAUGUAAAAUAUUGGAUUUUUUUGAUAUUUAUUAUAAUUAUACUUUGUUUUUGGGAAUAAUCAAAUCAAUUUUAAUAUAGUUUUUUAGAAAUUAAAGUUUUUUAUAUUAUGCAUUAAUAGGUAUUUUUAGUUUUUAUACAGAUAAAACAAAACAACAAAUGUCCGAAAAUUUGUUGAACAAAUUGGAAUGUGCUUCAAAAGAUACAAAUUAUAAUAAUCUCUUUUCCCCUAUAUUAAUCUAUAUUAAAAUAUAUUAUUAGGUGUUAAUAUGUCGGGACUAUUGAUGGUAGCUAGCUUUGAUCCAAGUAUGCUUUAUUUUAUUUAAAAUUCAAAAGCAAUGACCAAAACUAUUGAACAUAUUAUAUUUGUAUGUUUUAUAUAAUCUAUUAUUAUUUUCUAUUAAAUUGUGUGUGUUUAUUAAAGUUUCAAUGAUAAUUCUGUAACCAAAAAAAUGUGAAUUCGAUUAAUAUUUAGCAUCUCUGAAAUUUAUUUAUUUAUUUGAUUUAUCGGGUUAUUAUCUUAAAAUACAUUAAGAAAUCUGUAGUUACUUUCAAUUUUAUACGAAGUUUCCUAUAGUAUUAUCCUUAUACUAAUAACUCUGUCAAUAUUUAUUUUAUUAUUUUUAAGCUAUAACUAAGAAAAUAUUGAUCAGAUAUCAAUAUAUGUUACAUAAAAAUGUUAAAAAUAAUAUCUUUUAAAAAGUGAUAAAAAAAGAAAUUUUCAUUUUUAAUAAUCAAGGAACGAAAAUAAAAAUUUAACUUUUCUCCACGUAUUAAUCCCACCUCCCUUGGCAAACACGAUUGAAAAAAGAAACCAAUAUUGAUAGAACUAUUAGCAUAAAAAUUACACUGAAGAACACUCUGUAUAGUUCUUAUUGUUAAAUAAAUAAAUGUAUCAUCUAGAAAUUGAAUAUAGGUAAAUAAAAAAGUAACAAUUGCUUUGAAACAAAAGUGAUAUUUUUGCUUUUCUUAGUAUUAAUUAUAACUACAUACAUUUUGCAACAGACAGUGAUACUGCAACCGUGUGAUAUUAAAUGAUAAAGUAGGCAAGUAUUUUAGAAAAAAAAUAUUGUGUCUUUAUAGUUUUGUUAUAAUUGAUGUACACUCGAGCUCUUCAAUUGUAUUUAGAAUACAUUAAUUUUAUUUUUUCAUCAAUGAUAUAAAUUUGAAAUUGAUAAUAUUUAUUAUUUAACACUUUUACAAGUUUUUCCAAUAAAAUACUGUUCAAUUGAAUUAAAUUCAACUUUUACAACUUUCAUUGAUUUAAAGGUUAAUCAAUGUUUAAGAAUAAUUUUCCAUAGGCCUAAUCAAUCAGGAAUAAAAAAAAAGCCACCAGGGUUCUGUCUCUAUGUCCAAUUUACAACAAUACUUACAGAUGGUGAGGUCAAGGGUUGGAAGUUCAAAUCUUCUAAAGGGACAUCUUCAAUAACAAUUCUUUUUAUAUAUACAUAUUUUAACCAAGUUACUUUUUUAUUAUAUAUUAUAUACUUAUUUGUAAUAGUAUNACUGGUGUUUCUACAAUAGUUGUGAAAAAUAAACAGGCAAUGAAAAACGCAGGAUCUUCAGGGAUACAUUUGUGCAAUGAAGUUGAAGUACAUUUGCCAAAGUUAAAUAUAAAUUCAUUGAUAAAUAAAAUUCGAGGUGAGUAAUUUAUUAUUUAAAAUGCAAACCAGUGAUUUUAUAUUUAUAAAAUUAAAAUAUGAUAUUAUUGUUUUGUUAGCUUGUAAUGAGAAAUGCACUGCCAUUACUGAUGAUCCUACGUUUGAGCAUAAGGAAUACACUUUAAAAUAUAAUUUAAAAAAAUGUAUUGUAGCUGGUUUAAGUUGUGAACUCAUGCAUUCAAUAUUAGUAUAUAAAUGUUCAGUAUCGAAAUGUGAAUAUAAUCCGUUUUCUACGGUAGUUUUAAAUGAUUUAUUUAAACACAUUUAUUUGAAUCAUAAGCAUAUGGCUUGGGAUAAAAAAUGUGACAUGUGCAAACAAAAAGUGGACAAUUUAAAUGAACAGUAUUUAUUAAAAGAUGCUUUAGAACAUAUUAUUUCACACCAUUUGGUUUUAAAAAAAAACCACCAACAUAAAAUAAUAUGUAUGUAAAGUUAAAUAUGUAUUAUUGAAUGAUAAUGUUAUUUUAUAAACUAUAAAAUAUUUCAAUUUUUAGCGAUUGGUCAAGACGUGCAAGAAAAACAGAAACCUUCAACUUUAGCCACAGUAAAUAGUCAAGAAAUAGGACCAAUUAGAGUUAUUCCUUCACCAAUAGUCCGUGAUGAAUUGUCCUCAACAGCUAGUGAGUUAAAACUGUGUUAUUAUAUUUAUUACAUAAUAUUUAUAGAAUAACGUUAUGACUAUGUUUUUCUAAAUAAAAUAAAAUAUUAGAACCUUUGUAAAAUUAUGAUCAUAAACGAACACAAAUAAACAAUGGAGAAACUAACCAAACCAUAAUCAUUAACUUAUUUUAUGUGAACGAAUAGUGAGUUAAAACAUAAAUUGGUGAUAGAAGAAUUAAAAUAAAAGAAAUGAUCAUAAAAAAUAUUAAAUCUGAUUUUUUUUGUACAUUUAUGUCUAUUGAAUAUAAAAUGAAUGUGAGUUUUGUGUUAGAAUCACAAAAAUUAAAUCAAAAAUAAAUUUUUUAAAACAUAAACUGGUGAUAGAAGAAUUAAAAUAAAAGAAAUUAUCAUAAAAAAUAUUAAAUCUGAUUUUUUUUGUACAUUUAUGUCUAUUGUAUAUAAAAUGAAUGUGAGUUUUGUGUUAGAAUCACAAAAAUUAAAUCAAAAAUAAAUUUUGUAUAAUAAUCUAUUUUUCCCUAUAUUAUAUGCAUACAAAAAUGUGUAUUCGUCCUAUUGUAUUAUCCUUAUACUAAUAACUCUGUCAAUAUUUAUUAUAUAUUUUUUAAGCUAUGACUAAGAAAAUAUUGAUCGGAUAUUAAUGUAUGUUACAUUAGAAUAUUAAGAAUAAUAUCUUUUAAAAAAUGAAUAUUUUGAAAAGUUUAAUCACUUUUAAAGAACUCACAAAAAAAAAAAAAAAAAUGUUCAGUAAUCAAUGAACGAAAAUAAAAAUUUAACUUUUCUCCAUGUAUGAAUCCCUCCUCCCCCCCACUCUCUUGGCAUAAAACCUGAUUGAAAGAAAAAACCAAUAUUGUCAGAACUAUUAGCAAAAGGAUAACACUGUAGAACAAUAUGUACAGUUCAUAUUUUUAAAUAAAAUAAUGUAUCAAUUAGAAAUUGAAAAGUAAUAAUUUAUUUUAAACAAAAGUGAUAUUUCUUCUUUUCUAAGUUUUAACUAUAACCAUUUAAAAUUUUGCAAAUUCUUUCAUUGUAGUUUUGUAAUAAUUGAUGUAGACUGGAGCACUACAACUGUACUUAAAAUACAUUAAUUUUAACUUUACAUCAAUGAUAUAAAUUUGAAAUUGUUUAAUAUUCAUUAUUUAAUGCUUUCACAAGUUUUUCCAAUAAAAUACCGUUCAAUUAAACUAUAUUCAAUUAUUACAACUUUAAGGAUUAAUCAAUAUUUAAGAAUAAUUUUUAAUAUGCCUAAUCAAUCGGGAAUAAAACAAAAACCAGCAGGGUUCUGUCUCUAUGUCCAAUUUACUACAAUACUUAUAGAGUAGUCGAAGGUUGGAAGUUCAAAUCUUCUAAAGGGACAUCAUCAACAAUAGUUCUUUUUAUAUAUACAUAUUUUAACCAAGUUACUUUCGUGACUUUGUAAAAGUAUUUAAAAUACAGUGAAAACAUGGAAAUGUUUAGGGAAAAAUAGACAAUAAUUCAUUAGUCUCAAGUGUACCUUUUUAACAUCCUAUUUGGCAAUUAUUAUUUUUUAGCUGGACAAUCAAAUAGUAUUCAAGCUUCUAAUGAUAAAAUUCUUUCGGUUCCUCCAGUUUCAUUGCAGAUACAAGAUGUUGGAAGUUUAAAAGAGGUAUAUAAUAUUUUAAUUCAAUAAGACGAAAUAUUAAUAAUAUAUAUUUGUUUUUGUUUUUUUUUUUUUAAUGUACGUUAUAAGAGUAAAAAUUGUAUUACAAAUGGUAAUAAAAAAUGUUAUGAAAUAAAAUAUCAGUAUGAAGUUACGAGUUCAAGGGCUACUCUUGUAGGCUCAAAUCAACAAAUAGUUAACAAAGGAGUACCCAUAAACGGUACAUAUUGUUUAAUAGACACAGUGUAUCAAAAAAAUUAUUUAAAAACAUUCAAAGAGUUUGGAGCCAAAGCAAUAAGAUCACAACAAAUUCUUAAUGAUAUGACAACAAUACCAAAAUUAUUCACACUUUUUAAAUGUAUGGAUAAAUCAUGUACAGACGUUUUCUCGGNUGAUCUUUGUUAAUGAUGUGUGUUUUAGAGAAUCAAAUAAAUAAUUCUGAACAGUUUAAACAUUGUGUAUAUUGCUUUAAACAAUUUGAUGAUGGAGAAUCUUUGGCUACUCAUAUUUUAAAAAACUAUUCUUUCUGUAAAUAUUUUUGUCCAUUUUGUUUUUAUCGUGCAUAUACACCUCUUCAUGUACUGUUUCAUCAGGUAAAUAUUAUUUUCAAUUUUAAUUUUAAUUAUGUAUUAUAAGUGUAUUAUUAAAAUUAUUAUUAUUAUAAUUUUGAUUUAGAAUUUACUUCAUAAUACAAAGAAUUCAAAUAUAAUACAACUGGAGAAUGAUUAUUCAGAAGAAAUAUUAAUGGCAGUUGACUAUAAUGAUUUUGUUAUGCCGUAUAAGUGCAAUGUUGGUAAGUAAUCUUUAUUUUUAUUCUAAAAAAAACAAUGUCUGCAUGUGUUUUUCUGUUUUUAUUUUCCUUUAAAGUUAUUCAUAAUUUAUGUUAAAAUAAUAGACUCAAGUUUCAUAAAUCAUCAGACACGGUUCGAAACAAUAUUGUAAUUUCAGUUUAUGUCAUAAUGGCUUAAAACUUUACAGAACUGAUAAUUGGCUAUAGGUUCUAGUGUUACUAUAUUUCAUCUAAUACAUAUACGAAACUCGGGAAAUAUUCUGUGAGCAAUCAUUAUAUCAUUAUCAAGUUCCAAUGUAAAUUUGUUUGGUACUAUGAUAUUAGACUGGGUUUGUUCAAGCCUACUAUUAGUAUUUAGUUCUUACUGAACUACAUCAAUCUAAAUUGAAAAAAAAUAAAUAGAGAAAUUACGAAUAUAAUGGUUUUAUAUUUGUUAAUUUCUUUUUUUAUCAAUUUAAAAUAUUCUUAGAGACAUUUAAUUUUAUCAGAAAACUCUUAUUGGACAUCUCUAAACUUGAUAAAAUAUUUUUCAAAAAUAUUCUGAAAACGUUUUUGACAUAUUUUACACACAUACAAAUUAUUAAGAUCUUUUAUGUAUUUCGAACCUAGUUGAUCAUGAACAUUAUAGACUUUUACGGUUUAUGUUCUCGACCCGAAAUAUUUCUCGAAUCGAAAAAUUACAACAAAUCGAUUUUAGAUUUUGAGUAAAAUGAGGAAUGAAUUGGUUUUACAUUAAUGUUUAUAUAUUUUUAUUUCUGUGGACAACAUUUUUACUCUUAAUUUUGCUCAGAUUUAUAACGAUGGCAUUAUUUCUGAAAGGAAAUCCAACUGAGAUGGUACUUUAAGGUGGUCAUUAUUUGACUUUCGCAGGGAUUUUUCACAAAAAUGGGAAAAAUAUUGGAAAACUGGGAAAAUAUUACACAGAUAAAAAAUAAAAACUGUUUCAAUGAAUGUAUCAAAAUAUAUUUUACUAUAAUAUACCUAAGCGCAGCAGUGAAGAUUGGACUGUACGUCUGCAAUAAUUCUUGUCGCAAAUUUUCGACGGCCAUCUAAGCUAUUGUGUUUACAGCAGAUGUAAUACGAUUAAAACUGUAUACCUGUUUACAAUUCAGUAUUUCACUAAUAUAAUAUUGUCUGGUUUCCGAUAAAAUAUUAUCUGUUAGGCAAAAUUCUAUCUAAUCUGUUGAUAAUUUUCUUUGAAGUGGACAUUUAAAUAUACAUAUAUUCAUAUAAUUAUAUACAAUGCGUUUCAUUGAAAUGGUAAUACGAAAUAUUUCUGUCCAGUGAUAUCGGGUUGAAAUGGGGUUUUCAAGAGAAGAUAGAAAAUACACAUUUCAAAUGGUAAAUUCUCAUAUAGUUAUAUAAAUACAAAAAAUGGUUCAAAUUAUACAACUAAAAACAUAAUUUCGCUGCUUAAAUCCUACUAGUUAGCGCUAACUGACAGUUUACAGCCCUACAGGACAUUGUAGAACGGCUCUUAAAAUUGUUAAAUCGUAUAUAAUUAUCUAAGGCAAGGAAUUUUUAACUUUUCUGUCUUGUUAUUAUUACUGGUUGUAUAAUUUUUAUUCAACUAAGACUAUCAAUUUAAAUUUUUUUUUUAAUACUUGGUAUAUAUUAUAUAUCAUUGAUAAAUAAAUAUAAUAUCAUAUUAGGAUAACCAUGUUGGAAAUACAUAAUAUUUUUAAGGUUACAUAAAUAAACAAAAACUAAUAACUAUUUAUAUCAUAAUACAAAUAAAAAAUGCAGAACAUAUUUGCUUAUAUUGGUAAUAAUUAAGAUAUUUUAUACCAAGGAUGAAUUAUUAACCUUUUUUUUUUUCUAUUGAAAAGAAAAAAAAGCUUCAACAUCUGGGGAUUGUUUUGGUCGCUCUAUCUGCCUACUUGCCUGCCAUCUCAUGCCGGCAAUGCUGAUAUGUGAUGGUACCAUUAUAAAUUCUAUAUUUUUAUUUUUUUAAAUAAAUAUAAUUAGGUUUGGAACUAGGUUUUUUCAUUGGUAGAGAAGAGGUUUUGGAGUGCCAGGAGAGCGCUAAGAGAGUCGCUUAGUUUUAGUAUAUUAUUAUUUGAAGUUGCCAAAUUAAUUAAAUUGAAUGCUUUUAAGAUGGCAUAGUUUUCUACAGAGAAAAUACUACUUUCCGGAGGGAGUUUGUGUAGGAUUUUUGUUUCUUCUUUGAUGAUCGCAAAACCUGUUUCGUGUGGGGAUUUGGAUGCAUCGGUAUAAAUUUGUAGGAAGUUGGGAAAUUUAUUUUCAAUGAUUUCUUGGAAAAUAUAAUUGUCGAAUUUGUUUCAUGUUUAUUGAACAUGGUUAAUUUUGUAUUGUGUUGGGUUUUCCAAAGCCAAGGUGGACAUUUCGGCAUGAUCAUAUUGGUUGGAUUUGUAUUUUGGUAUUUUAAAAUAUUGUUAUAUUCUAUACGAUUAAGAGUGCUUUUCCUUUUAAUGUCAUAGUUGAGUAUACAUUUUUGUCUUAGGAGUUUGAGAGGUAAUUUUUCGGGCUGGAAUAAAAUGCUUUCGAUGGGGCUGGUUCUAGAUGCUUCUAUUGAUAUACGGAUUUCCCUAUUAUAGGUAGGCUAUAAUAUUUUAAGUAGAUUUCCUUUAGCUGUGCUAUAAAUAAUUGACCCAUAGUUUAUUUGUGACAGUUUUAAGGAUUUUUAUAUGUUUAGAAGUCUUAUGUUCAUUUUUAUUAUACAUUAACUUUUAUGCUUAAGAGAUGAUGAGUCCAUUUUAAUUGAUUGUAAAAGAUCAUUCCUAAUAUUCGUAGUGAUUUUCAAAAUGGUAUUUCAGAAUCUUUGAGGAAUAAUUAGUGGUUCCAUAUCGUUUAAGUGUGAAAACAUAUACAAUGGUUUUUUACCGUGAAGAUAUUGAAAACAUUUUUCUUUGACCAACAUUGGAGGGUUCUUGUCGUAAUAUUGCCACUGUGGUUUUGAUGUUUUGUCCACAGAAAUAAAUACAGUACUCAUCGGCAAAUAAUGUUUUGUAGUUUUUGGUACUUCUUUGAAUAUAUUAUUAAUGGCUAGUAGAAACAUUGUUGUUCUGAUCACUAAACCCGUCGGGGGUUGCCCCUAUCUGUUAGUUAACUGUUUGAUAAUUCAUUGUAAGCUGUGACUUGCGUUGUACGGUUUUUUAAACAAUUUUGGAGAACAUGGAUAUUUUAUCAUUCAUUCAACAUUCUUGAAUGAUUUCGAGGACUCUGUUUCGUCAUAUGAUAUCAUAUGCUUUUUCUAAGUCUAAAGCUAUUAAUAUUAGUUGUUGUUUCGGGUUUUUGGCAUUGUUUUUAUUUGAAGUAUGUACGGAAGAAAGUGUAUCGGGAUUUGAAAGAUUUCGGCAAAAUUUUACUUGGUGUAUUAACGAGUGAUAUGGGCCUAUAGUUAACAAUGUCAAAUUUGUUCUUGUUCGGUUUUGGGAUCGGUAUAAGGAUUGCAUUGCACCAUUGAUCCGGAUAUAUGGCCUUUUCCAUACUAUAUUACAAAUUUGAAAGAGAGUUUCACGUUUUGGUAGCCUUGGUGGAUUUUGAAUAUAAUUGUACGGUAUCCCAUCUGGACCUGGGCUUUUGCUUUUGCAUCCAGAUAAUGCAUUGUGUAGUUCAAUUAUAUUAAACGGUUGAUAUUUUUUUCUACCUUGUGUUUGAAAUUUAAAAAAUUCGUAUUUGUAGUUUGAAUUACGACUAUUUUUAGUAAAGUGCUGCGUUUUGCGCCUUGGUGAUAUUUUUAGAGGGUGAGAGUGUGAUGCCAUAAUGGUUUAGAUCAAAUGGUAAUAGUUGGUGAAUAAUUCCUUUAAUGCCUUUAAUUUUAUUUCAUAUGUCGGUGGGAGAUGUGUUUAAAUUUAUUGAGUUUGUGUAUUUAUGCCAAGAUUCAGUUUUAAUUUUUUUUGUCAUAAAUUUUGAUUGUGUGCGAAAUUUUUUGAGCUCUCUUUGGUCAUCAAUGGAUUUGGUUUUUUUUAAAUUUAACUAAAUAUUUUUUUCUGGCUCUGAUUGCCAUAUUACAUUUCUUGUUGUACCAUAGGACUGUUCUCUUUUUGAUAUUUAUUUUACCAAUAGUCGGAUUGGCAGCAUCUAAUAUCUUGUUAGAAAAUCUGUUAAUCAUUGAAUUUCUUUCGGUUUGGUUAAUUGCAUUUUUAAGAAUGACUAGGUAGUCAAUAAAUUCUUAUUGUAUAGUAUUUCGGUAAAGUUCCCAACUGGGGUUAUUUAAAUUUCAACUGACGAGCGGAGAUAUUGGAGGUGUUUGUCCUAAAAUGUUUAUGGAAAUUGGCCAAUGGUCACCGUUGCUAUAUUCAUUAAGUACUUUCCAUUCGGUUUUGGGUGCAAAUGUGCUAUUUGGUAUUGUGGGGUCAAUAGAUGAAAGGGAGUUAUGAGUUGCAUUAUGACGAGUUUAUUCUCUAGUAUUUAGUAAUAUUAGUUGUUCGUUUUCUAUACAUUUGUCCAUAGUUUUUCAUUUUGAUCCGUGUAAUGCGAUCCCCAAAUUUAGUUACGAAUGUUAAAAUCGGCGAGAAAAAAGAAAAGAUUUAGGUAAUUGUUUGAUGAUAUCUUUGAUAUCAUUUAGUGAUAGGAUGGUACUGCCUGGUAGGUAAAUGUCGAGAGUACAUAUUGGAGUUUUGAGGUGUAUAGAGAUAGCUAUAACUUCUAGUGAGGAUUGAAUAUGAAUUUCCGUGUUUUUAAUGAGAUUAUUGACAUAAAAAGCAGCUCCACCGCUGGCACGGAGGUUUGUUUGGCGAUUUUUGAAAAAUCUAUUUUGUCCUCUCGAGGAAAAGUUAGUGAAGGAUCUUAAGUUAGUAUCUUGGAUACAAAAGGCGAUAGGCUGGAUAAGAUCUUUAGCUCCACAGAUUUCGGUAUUGUGCUUUUGUAAGCCAUUUAUACUCCAUUAGAUAAUAGAGUCCACGAUUAAUUUUUUAAUAAGUGCGAGUAGUAUAAUAAAAGUUUUGAGUGUGUAUGUUUUAUUAAGACGCGUUCGGUAUGGAUUUGGGUUGUACUUUAUUGGGGAGGUUGGGUUUGGAAAAGCAAAUUUGAAAGCUUUGUUACUCGUGUUUUAAUUGAUCUGUCUUUUAUUUUGAGUCGGAUUUGAUCAAUCAUGUCCAUUAUAGCUGGUAUGAUUGUAUUAGCAUUUUCGAUCCGCAUGUGAAUAUUCAUUGCUUUACAAUUGAAAUUAUCCAAGGUAUAUUUAAAUUGGAGGUAUUUGAUUGGAAGGGGUCCUUUAAUGGUGAAAUAUUCAAUGAUUGGUUUUAGUCCUUCAUCCAAUUUUGUAUCUAGACUGUUUGACGAAUUUGAUCGAGAUUGUAUUUUAGGGUUCUUGGUAGUUUUUUCAUUUUUAAGUGGUAGAUUAAAAUAAAUUCUUUGGGGAGUUCGGAGGUUUUGAUGUCAAUGAGUCAUUCAUUAGUCUUUUAUAUGUUUCAUUUGGUGUAUUCGAAAGUAUUUCCUCGAGAUAAUUUUGGGUUGGAGGAAAAAUUUCGGUUUCUUCGGUCCAAUCAGUUUCAAUUUGAUCAAGCUAUAUAUAUGGCUUUGAGCUUUUGGGAGGGGGAAGGGAUAUUUACUUCAGUAAUGCCAUUGGGUUGUUUUUGUUUGGUAGGGGAUUUCUUUCCAAUUUAAUAUUAAAUAAUAAUCUUCCAGUCUUCGAUAUACAUCCUGUGUACAUUUUGCUAAAAUAAGAAUUAUAAUCAUAAUACAAAUUAAGGCCAUUUUUAACAUUGUAAUUUAAGUAAACUAAUAUAACUUUGAAAAAGAUUUUUUAAAUUUUUUUGUACCUGAGAACCACAAUUUACUAGUUUAACGAUUGAUACUAUCACGUGAUAAUAAUAAGAGUGUUGUGUAAAUAGCCAUAAUAAAUAUUAACCAUUUCCAUUCGACAGUUUGCCUAUGGAUGGACAUAUAAGUUAUCAAUUUCAAAUAUUUCGAACCAUGUACGCUUGGCUAUUUGAGAAAAGCGCCUAUUCAGUACAUUAAUGUUAGGAAUUUUUAUUUAGUUUGAUGAUAGUUUUCUAUUAAAUAUUAUAGCUUAUUAUAUGCAUCAUUUUUGUUUUCUAUGAUUUUGUAACUAUAGUUAUUCUGAUUACUACAUAAUAUUGUUGCUAUGUAUUGUUAAUAAUUAUACUAUAUUUUUUUUUAAUAAUUUUAGGGCUAUGCAUUUUCUCUUGUUUUGUCUCUAAUGAUUUCAUAUAUCAUUUAAACAAGGAGCAUCCACAAUGUGAUAAAUUCUGUUGUCAUAUUUGUGGUUUUCAAGAUAAUAGUAAAGAAUUUAUUGCAUUCAAACCAAAUUUAUUAAUAGAAGUAAAUGCACAAUUUUUGUAAUUAGUUUUUAUGUUAUUUUAUAUAAAAAUUAAUAUUUUAUCAUGGCCAUUGUUCUAAGGUUGUAAAUCUCAAAUGUAUUUCAGUGUAACCAUUUAGAAAUAUAUAUUCAUUGAAUAUAUGUUUUUCUAAUGACUGUAAUAUAUAUAUUUUUUUAUCCAUAAAGGUUUUUUUAAAACUAAAUAUUCUAUUCUUUGAUAAAAUUUAAGACUUAAAUAAUUCUGUAAACCAAACUAGGAUUCACCAACUUAAGGUUAAUUUGUAAUGGAGUUUAUGAGACAACCUACCAAUUGUGGCAAGAACCUUCCAUAAAAUCAAAUUAAACAUAAGCUAUGCUCCUAAGUUUACAUUAGUGAAAAUGGCUAAUUAUAUAAUUAAUACAUCUUUUUCCUUAUUUAAUAAAUAUCUAUAUUUUUCAGCACUUUAAAGACCACCAUUUAAACACGUACCAAUGUAUUUUCUGCUUAUUUGGUACUGAAACUAUGAAUUCAAUGAUCUCUCAUUUAGCCAUGGAACAUUUUGAAUAUGACUCAUUAUGUUUGGAGCGUUCUGUGAAGUCCGGCUGUUGUGUAUGACUAAUUAAAUUUAUUAUAAUUUAUACUUAUAUGUUAUUAUUUAUCAUAACUGUUAUAGGAUUCUUCAAAGGUUGGAAAUCUAAACAUUAUAAGAACAGAAGCACUUAUACACAAUGAUCUGUUAAAAAUAGUGAAUUUUCCGUCUGGCAUGAGUUCUUUAUCUGAAAAUCUUACCGAAAGAACUCAAAUAAAACAAUCAAAUUAUGCAAUUACAAAAUCAAAAAAUAGUGCCAAUAUUGUGGAAAAUACACAAUCGUCUCCAGCAAUUGUUAUACAAAUUCCGGCUAAUGAAAAAAUGAUGGAGAGGAGUAACUCGUUAGAACUAGUUAAUUACAAUCAAAUUAAUAUACUUGAUGAUGAUCAAAAUCAUCUAAAAAAAAAUGUAAGAAAUAUAGGUAUUAGUUAACAAUAUAACGGUUUAGAUUUUUUCAUUAAAUUACUUAUAACAGUAGCUGCACACGACCCAAUGAUCCUAGGUUAACCUUUAUUAAAAUUAAAUUUAUAUCUGUAAUGAUUUAUAACAUUUUAGUAUCAAAAGGUGUUAAAGUAACAUUAAAAGUUAAACAAAAUAGCAACAAAAACCCGAUUAAUGAUAAUACCAAAAAAAUGUAUAAGCCCCCACCAAUAACUAUCAAAGGUGUUAAACAAUUUGAUAAAUUAAAACAAUUAUUAACGUGUGAAGAACCGGUAGGAAACGAACAACAAUUCAAAGUCCUAUCAAAUAACGAGACGAGAAUCUUAACAACAAGCGAAAGUCAAUUCAGAAGUACAAUAAAAAUAUUAGAAGAAAAUAAAGUUAAAUACCAUCGGUACCAAUUAAAAAGUGAAAAACCAUUUCGAGUAGUAUUACGAGGUAUAAAUCAUGAUUCCGAUAUGGGAAUAAUUACCAAUGAACUGUAUUACCAAGGCCACGAAGUAAGCAAAUUAACCAACAUACAGAUCAAGAAAAUAUCUGAUCCUAAAAACAAAAACAGCGAGUGGACAUACAUAAGGCUACCAUUAUUCUUUGUAGAUUUAAAACCAUUGGAGAAUAAUAAAGACAUUUACAACAAAGAACUACUAUGUCAUCAGGUAUUAAAAAUAGAAUCACCACUUAAAAAUAAAGAAGUAUCGCAGUGUAAGAAUUGUCAAGCGCUCGAACACACACACAAUUACUGUCACAAAUCGGUUGUAUGUGUGAAAUGUAGUGAAGGGCACAGAACCGAAGGUUGCCCAAAAUCUAAAAAGGCAAAAGCAAAAUGUGCCAACUGUGGUGAAAAUCACACAGCCAACUGGAAAGGUUGCUCUGCUUACAAGAAAGCAAUAGAAAGGGCACACCCAAAACAAGUCUCUGCUGUGCAAAGAAUACAGUAG